AUGCACAGUUCAGUUGUCUUCACAGGAAUAUAUGGAUAUGCAAUUGGGAUAUUCUGGCUUCUCUGUGGAGUUCUUUUUAUAACAAUCAAUCUUUGUUGCCAAUGUGAUGAAGGAAGAAGGAAAAAGAUAAACCUUCUUUGUAAUUACAAGGAUUAUCUUUCACCGAUUCAUAUGGUUAUAAUACUCCUGCUAUUUGCUAUAGUUACAAGUGGGUUAACUAUUGCAAUUAGUGCAAAAUUCAACAAUGAAGCAAGAACUUCAGUUAAUAUUAUAAUAAAGACAGCAAAUGAUGCAGCAGAAAUCAUACACAAUGCAACAGGAGCAUUAAAAGACAUUCAAGAAGACUUGGUUGAAGCCAGUGUUGGUGUUGAGGCUUCUGGAAAUCUAUACUCUACAGCUGAUAAAUUUGAUGCUACUGCUGAAAAUAUCAUAAAGAAAGCUAGAAAAAAUAGACACCUUAUUAACAAGGCUUUCAAAGUAGUGUUUGUAAUAACCAUUGUGAUCAUAAGCUUAAACUUGAUUGCAGCAACAACUUUGUCAGUUUCUGGACUAUUGAAGUUUUGGAGGGUACUUUACUUGCUUAUGGUAAUAUGCUGGUUGAUGAUAGUGAUAGGCUGGCUACUUUUUGGAGUGUAUUUAUUUUUGGAAAAUUUUUCUAAUGAUGCAUGCACAUCUCUAUUCAACUUUGAAGAAAAUCCUUAUAAUAACAGCCUAAGCUACAUCAUCCCUUGUGAUGAAUUACUUUCAGCAAAAUCAUUUAUAUCAGAAGUUGGUGGAGGGAUCUACAACCUAGUCAAUGAGGUGAAUUCAAACAUAUCAAAUCUGCAAGGAACAUUUCCAAAUCUUGUUUAUUUAUGCAAUCCUUUCACAGCACCACCUCAAUAUUUAUACCAGCCAGAGAAUUGUCCACCUAGUAGCAUUCAAAUAGGAGAUAUCCCAAAGGUAUUAAAGCCUUAUACUUGUUUCGACGACGGCGGUGAAAAAUGUAACAAUCAAGAAUUCAUAUCUUCAAGUGAAUAUGAGGUAGUUGAAUCAUACACAAGUUCAAUUCAGAAUCUAUUAAAUGUGUAUCCUAGUAUGGAAAAGUUGAUAGGAUGUGAGUUAGUAAAAGAUGCAUUUUCUGAAGUCCUUCUCAAGCACUGUAAGCCUUUGAGGAAAUUGGCUAAGACAGUAUGGUUAGGAAUAUUGCUUCUUGAACUGAUCAUCAUGUAUUCGGUUGUGUUAUGGAUGAGAAUAAAAGUUGUUCAUGAACAUAGUUAUCAUGUUUCACAUGGUCAGGGUUGACCUAAAGGUAAGGCUACUAAUAAGCCCUCUUUAGGCCGAAAAACAUAGAUUCAUUUUUUGUCUUUAGAUUUUUAUGAAUAAAAUAGUGACAUAUAUAGACAAAAAAACAAAUAUAUUGAAACUUGUUUUAAACCACCCUUAUCAUUUAGAAUUAUUGGACCGGGCCAGCAUAAGAAUUGAGAGCAUUGUAAAAAUCACUCAAUCAUAGUACAUUGAGUGUAGAAGAGCUUAGAAGAUAGAAAGCAAGGAACAUGUAUUGGAAUUUUGAAGGCAAUAUACAAGUACCUUCCAACACAAUCUUGUAUAGGAAUGAGGUGCAGACUACUUGUCCAUACAGAAAUUGAGUUUUCUUUAGAUAGUUGUAGUUGCCUUUUCUAAUUUUUGUUUUAAUUUAAUGUGUACUUAUAUCUUGUACUAAGUUAUCACCAUGUGUAGGCAAAGGAAAGAGUAGAGAUAUACAGUUUAAUUUAUAAUUUAGAUUGUAAUAUAGUCAAAUUCGAAGUGAAAAGUGGU